AUGAUUUUGACGAUUUUGCUGCUGAUUUCCAUCAACUGCAUGCUGGCAGAUAAAAAUCUCAGAUCGGUCUCAGAUCUCAAUUCUCCAUUGCUGAGCAGGGAAAUCAUCGAUCUUCAUUUUAACUUCUCGCGUUUAACUGAGAAAUACAAACAUUCUUUGAAGGAAACCAUAUUUGAAACAAAGUUGGAAACUAAAUGUACAUAUGUAGGAUGUUCAACAAAAAGAAGCACUUCUCCAUGUGUUCUGAAGUCUAAGACUUGUCCAAAAGGAUGGAAACGGAGAGGAAGAAGCUGUUAUAAUCUAUUUCUGGAAAAAGUGAACUGGUUUCAGGCUCAGAUAAAUUGCCGGAAAUACGAUGCAAAUCUUGUUCAAAUUGAAGAUAAACGUGAAGGCAAAUGGUUAAAAAGACAAUAUCCGGGGAAUAAGGCAGGUAUACAAUUUUGGAUUGAUGCGUGUGAUCUAGCAAAAGAGGGUCAAUGGAUGUUGUUUUCAUCUGGGAAGAAAGCCACAUACACACCAUGGGGCAGUUCUGAACCAAACAAUUAUAAAUCUGAUGAGCACUGCGCUAUCAUUGCUGACGCAGGACAAUG